CCCCUGUACGUAAGAAGGCGGGGCGCGGUGACAUCACUGGCCAGCCAGGGAGAGAGAGGAGUUGGGUGUGCUGUGUGAAAGUGUGCGGGAGACUUUAGGUGCCCGGAUUGGGGAUUGGUGGCAGGCUGAUGCAAGGGCAACGACACUCUGCAAAGUAAAGCACACCCAGCACAGAGGGAACACUCCCUGGCAGAAGGUGCACUACAUCUACAGCGACUGGGCAUAGAACGAGAGGAGGCUGCUGCACACACCCUGCACAGUGCAUACAGCAGGAGGUGGCUACAGGUGUUUGCACUCAGCGUGUGACUCCUGAUUGCCGGGCACAGAAGGUGCCCCACUCCUGGGUGGCAUCAAGGUUGAGUUUUGCUCUCCGUGUUUUUUUUCUCUUCUGUUGACUGGGGUGUUACAGAGCUGCCACCAUGCCUGUGUUCCACACCAAGACCAUAGAGAGUAUCCUGGAGCCGGUGGCCCAGCAGAUCUCCCACCUGGUCAUAAUGCAUGAAGAAGGGGAGGUUGAUGGCAAGGCCAUACCGGAGCUCACAGCACCUGUGGCUGCUGUGCAGGCAGCUGUCAGCAACCUUGUGAGGGUAGGUAAAGAGACCGUCCAAACCACUGAAGAUCAAAUCAUGAAAAGAGACAUGCCUCCUGCAUUCAUCAAAGUAGAAAAUGCCUGCGCUAAGCUUGUCCAGGCUGCACAGAUGCUGCAUGCGGAUCCAUACUCCGUUCCAGCCCGCGAUUAUCUUAUUGAUGGCUCUCGUGGAAUACUCUCUGGCACUUCAGACCUGCUCCUGACAUUUGAUGAAGCUGAGGUGAGGAAAAUCAUAAGAGUGUGUAAAGGUAUCCUGGAGUAUUUGACGGUGGCAGAGGUUGUUGAGAACAUGGAGGAUCUGGUCACUUACACCAAGAACUUGGGGCCUGGAAUGACAAAGAUGGCGAAAAUGAUUGAUGAACGUCAGCAGGAGUUGACCCACCAGGAACAUCGGAUCAUGCUCGUAAAUUCCAUGAACACUGUUAAAGACCUGCUGCCAGUCCUGAUCUCUGCUAUGAAGAUCUUUGUGACAACCAAGAACUCCCGCAGUCAUGGUAUUGAAGAAGCUCUCAAAAAUCGCAACUUCACAGUGGAGAAGAUGAGUGCAGAGAUUAAUGAAAUUAUACGUGUCCUGCAACUUACGUCUUGGGAUGAAGAUGCUUGGGCCAGCAAGGACACAGAGGCCAUGAAGAGGGCACUUGCACUGAUUGAUUCGAAGUUGGGCCAGGCAAAGGGCUGGCUGAGGGACCCAAAUGCUCCUCCAGGUGAUGUCGGAGAGCAAGCCGUCCGCCAGAUCCUAGAUGAGGCAGGGAAAGUUGGUGAGCUGUGUGCAGGGAAGGAGAGGAAGGACAUCCUGGGAACAGUCAAGACUCUAGGACAGAUGACUGACCAGGUGGCUGAUCUAAGAGCAAGGGGACAAGGUGCUACUCCUAUUGCAAUGCAGAAAGCACAGCAGGUAUCUCAGGGACUAGAUCUCCUAACAGCUAAAGUAGAGAAUGCUGCCCGUAAAUUGGAAGCCCUAACAAACUCCAAGCAGGCGAUUGGGAAAAAGAUUGAUGCUGCCCAGAGUUGGCUGGCAGAUCCCAAUGGUGGUCCAGAAGGAGAGGAGAACAUCCGAAGCAUCCUAGCUGAGGCUAAGAAGAUUGCUGAGCUGUGUGAGGAUCCCAAAGACAGAGAGGACAUUUUGCGCUCCUUAGGGGAGAUAGCAGCUCUUACUGCCAAGCUGUCUGACCUCCGUCGGCAGGGAAAAGGAGACUCCCCAGAAGCACGUGCUUUAGCCAAGCAGAUAGCAACUUCGCUGCAGAACCUGCAAACUAAGGUAAACCGUGCUGUGGGCAACAGCCGCCCUGUGAAAGCAGCAGUAAACAUGGAAGGGAAAGUGGAGCAGGCCCAGCGCUGGAUUGACAACCCCUCUGUGGAUGACCGGGGAGUGGGUCAGGCUGCCAUUCGUGGGCUAGUAGCAGAGGGUCGUCGCUUGGCCAACUCUAUGAUGGGACCUUAUCGCCAGGAUAUGUUGGCAAGAUGCGAUCGUGUGGAGCAACUAGCAGGACAGCUUGCGGAGAUGGCAUCACGGGGUGAAGGAGACACACCCCAGGCACGCGCUGUGGCUGCUCAGCUGCAGGAUGCGCUGAAGGAUUUGAAGGGGAAAAUGCAGGAGGUGAUGACACAAGAGGUGUCUGAUGUUUUUAGUGACACUACUACUCCUAUCAAACUCCUAGCCGUGGCAGCCACUUCUCCUCCUGACGCACACAACAGAGAAGAGGUCUUUGAAGAGAGAGCUGCCAACUUUGAGAACCACGCAGCUCGCCUGGGAGCCACGGCGGAGAAAGCAGCAGCUGUGGGAUCGGCUAAUAAAUCCACUGUGGAAGGGAUACAAGCAGCUGUGAAGUCCUCCAGGGAGCUAACCCCUCAGGUUGUGUCUGCUGCUCGCAUUCUGUUGAGUAACCCUGGGAACCAGGCUGCCUAUGAGCAUUUUGAAACCAUGAAAAAUCAGUGGAUUGAUAAUGUGGAGAAGAUGACAGGCCUGGUAGAUGAAGCCAUUGACACAAGGUCACUGUUGGAUGCAUCAGAAGAAGCAAUCAAGAAAGAUAUCGACAAAUGUAAGGUGGCCAUGGCCAAUAUGCAGCCCCAAAUGUUGGUUGCUGGAGCUACCAGUAUUGCUCGCCGUGCAAACCGCAUUUUGUUGGUGGCCAAAAAGGAGGUGGAGAACUCUGAGGAUCCAAAAUUCCGUGAGGCCGUAAAGAAUGCGUCAGACGAACUCAGUAAAACCAUAUCUCCAAUGGUUUUGGAGGCCAAAGCUGUAGCAGGCAACAUUUCUGACCCAGCUUUACAGAAAGGUUUCUUGGACUCGGGUUACAGGAUUUUAGGAGCUGUGGCCAAGGUGAGGGAAGCAUUCCAGCCUCCAGAGCCAGAAUUCCCUCCACCUCCUCCUGACUUGGAACAUCUGCGGUUGACUGAUGAGGCCGCACCUCCAAAGCCGCCACUUCCUGAAGGAGAGGUUCCACCUCCCAGGCCGCCACCUCCUGAGGAGAAGGACGAGGACUUCCCAGAGCAGAAGCAGGGCGAGGUGGUGAACCAGCAAAUGAUGGUGGCUGCAAGACAGCUUCACGAUGAAGCUCGGAAGUGGUCCAGCAAGUCACCCGGAAGCCCUGCUCCCGCUACCCCGCAGGGUAGAGAAGCUGCUGUGUCUGCGGUAGAGCAGGAGCGUGAGGAAGAGGAGGAGGAGGAGGCAUCAGUGGAGUUUGCUCUCUCCUCUGACAUUGAAGAUGAUUAUGAGCCAGAGCUCCUCUUAGUGCCUGAGGGUCAGCCUGUUAACCAGUCAAUGCUGGCCGCAGCUCAGUCUUUGCAUCGGGAAGCUACCAAAUGGUCCAGUAAGGGUAACGACAUCAUUGCAGCAGCCAAACGCAUGGCUCUGCUCAUGGCAGAGAUGUCUCGGCUUGUGAGAGGAGGCAGCGGGAACAAGAGAGCCCUGAUUCAGUGUGCCAAGGACAUUGCUAAAGCUUCAGAUGAGGUGACCAAAUUGGCCAAAGAAGUGGCUAAACAGUGCACAGAUAAGCGGAUCCGCACCAACUUGUUACAGGUGUGCGAGAGGAUCCCAACUAUCAGCACCCAGCUAAAGAUCCUCAGUACCGUCAAGGCCACUAUGCUGGGAAGGACCAACAUUAGUGAUGAAGAGUCUGAGCAGGCAACAGAAAUGCUUGUCCACAAUGCUCAGAACCUGAUGCAGUCAGUAAAAGAGACUGUGCGAGAGGCUGAAGCUGCAUCAAUCAAGAUCCGAACAGAUGCUGGAUUCGCACUGCGUUGGGCCCGUAAAACUCCAUGGUACCAGUAACUCUCCCUACCUAGGAUCCAACAUAACCAACCCGCUACUGUAAAAAGCACACUAAUGCAUUCUAACCACACAAACUGUUGAGGAAUUUGCUUUUCUUAUGAGCCUACAGAUUUAUUUUUUACACCAAGUUUUGUCUAGUAUUUUUAGGCUCUUCCAUCAGUAAGUUACUUAACUCACCUUUUUAUUAUUUUCAAGGACUCCAGACUAUAUAUUUUCCCCAAAAUGCAUUUCUUUACCAUGGAGUGACCUUAGCAUUGUUUGCUCUGGUAGAGACCAGUCCAUGUGCAAUGCACCAGUUCUCAUAACCUGAUGUUACGUUCAUUACCAUUUGUGGCACAUCACCUGCAUACAGCACUGCUACCGCCUACAAUUCUAGCACUGCACAGAUAGAACACUAAACUGCUAUUUAUCUGCCAUACUUUCACUGUUUAUGCAUCUUAGUCCUGCAUCCUUAUCAGUUCUUUACCCUUUGUGCUGUUUGCAACUAUUACUGAAGUGUCCUUUUAAGUAGGAGAGCUGAGCAGUGAGAUGAAUGUAUAACAUUGGCACUUCUGCCUUCUUGUGUUAUGCGAUGCCAGUAGAGAUGGUGGGAUACCAUUGCUGGCAAUCAACGGCUUCCAUAACACAAUGGUAGAUGUCUACGUAAACGUUGCAAUAUUACAGUUUCAAGUCUGCUGGUUAUCAUGGGACUGGUCUUCAGAGUUCACUGAUUUUGGGAUGUGCUUAAAUUAUGUAUGAAUGUUUUGAAGGAUAAAGAUCUUUGAUUGUCCAAUAAACACUAUUGUAGGUAGUAUAACAUGAAUUCUGUAGCAGCAUGUAAUAACCCUUGGUAACAAAGGCUCCCAAUCCUAUUGGGCCAGGAAUGUUUGUAGGCAUCGAAGAUUCAGGUACAUAUGAAUGUUUUUAGUUCAGCUCUUAAUCAUGAACAUUUGAAUUUGCCUUCUACAUCCUACUCUUCCACCUGAUAUACUUGUGUGUACAUAACAAGUUGAAUGCUUCAGAACUGUCUUGAGAAUGACAACAAGACAUUGGCUAGUCGACCGUUACAGCCAUGGUGGUCUAUAAAGAUGCCAUCACCUCUAGACAGCUCUUGUGCAUGGUUCUAGUUUACACUGUGCAAAUUAUGUCUAUAUUUUUCUUCUUCAAUUGAUUGGAAAAUGCCAUAUUGCCUUUUAUCUCAUGCUAACCUGAAGCAAUGAAGUGAAAACAAGACUGUUACUUCUUGGGUGCGUUUCUUACAUAUGUUGUAGCAGCUCCAUACUGUAUAACCCUGCCUUUACUAUGCUAGUGCUGCUAAGUGGGGGGUCUUCAUGGGGUGGAGAAAUAUCCUGGGACACAUUGUAAGUUACCUGUACAUUGAAGUUCUAAUCCAGCUGUAUUUUUGUCUUUCACUACAAACCAAUAAACAAUUUGUAUACUGAAAA